GGAGCCCUGACCCGCAAUUCCAGCGCGGUGGUCUCCCUCAGCACGAAUGACUUUGGCUUCUGUUGGGUGUCUCCUGACCCACGUCACCAGUUUGACAGCCUAGCGCCAAAUCAGAGGGCGGCGCUUGCCCGGAGUCCCGCGCGUCACCUGGAGCUCCCACAGAUUAGAACUCGUCUCUCCUAGGUCCUCCCGCUCGGUCCCAUUUACAUCUCCCACUGGCUUUAACGCAACAGUUAAGAGCGGGCUCAGUUUGUGCCGCGUCUUCUUCCACUGCAACAUGAACACCAUUCUACCUUGCCAAGAUCAGUACUUUGUAGGAGGCCAGAGCUAUAAUUGCCCGUAUUCCGCUACAACGUCAGAAUCUAGUGUUGACGUUUCCACGGAGACUUGGGUCUCUUUCUGGGCUGCUGGUCUCCUGGACAACAGAGAGCCCCAACAAGCACCACAGGCACAGGAACCAUCCGGUGAAUCACAUUUUCCUCUUCUGGAUCCCUGCUCCUGGGAAGAGGCUCAACUUUCUUCUCAGCUCUACAGAAACAAGCAGCUGCAGGAUACUCUGGUGCAGAAGGAAGAAGAACUUGCUAGGCUACAUGAAGAGAAUGCUCAUCUCAGACAAUACCUGAAUUCUACUUUGGUUAAGUGCCUGGAAGAGAAGGCCAAGAAAUUGCUGUCAUCAGAUGAAUUCUACAAAGCAUAUGGAAAAUUCAGAAAGGGGAAGAGGAAACCCAAACAGCAAAGAUACUCUUUAACUGAGAUUCCCUACCCCAAAAAUGUGAAGAGAAACCUCUCUACUGACUUUGCUAAAUGUGAAGAACAACCUGGGCCUCCUGUGGAUCCCUGGGUCCUUCAGACACUUGGGUUAAAAGACCUUAACACCAUUGAUGACACUUUAUCAGCUAACUACAGUGCCCUCUCCUCUCAUCCCAGAAGCAUCACUGACACAUUUUCUGAGUUUCCAGAUGAUGCAGUGGUUUAUGAAGAUGUCCCCAGAGAGGAGCUGCCCAUUGACUAUGGAGGUGAUAGAACAAUCCCACUGCACAGCACUGCCAGCCAUAGGGAAGAUUUUCACUUCCUUUCUCAACAUUUAGAUGCCUCCUUGGGGAAGAAAACCCUUCCGUACUAUACUGCUGAUGUGUCACCCAACAAGACAGAAAUGGCAUUUUCCACAUCCCUGAGCCCUCACUGCAAUGUGAAAACCCAUUCCUUCCACCAAGGACAAGCCUUUGUGCGCCGAGAUGAGGAGGGAGGCUGGAAGUUUACCUGGGUCCCUAAGCAAUCUUAAUGACCCCUCCUCUUCUAUCACAAACACUGCCAUGAACUCUGUUUACAAAGACCUUUCUUGCACUUGAACCUAACUAUGGAACUUAGAAGCAAUUGCCCAGACCGUCUCCUGCCACUUUAAAUGUCACUUUGAGUGAUUCACUUAAACCUGCAGGGAAUGGCUUCCAAGAAUCUGUAAUGAAACGUGUCUGCUCUUCUUUGACUUAAAUUUGACUUGUUUACACACUGUCAGCUGCCAUUGAUUUCCUCCCUUUGUUCUCUCCUUGUAAAUGUAUUUUCCAAUCACUGGUAUGGUCCUUCAAAACCUGGAUAUACUUUUCCAAUUACAACCAGCUUAACAACUUUUCUUCUUUUGUCAAGCAGUUUGAAAGAUCACAGACCUUUUACUUUUCUUCAUCCCUUAUUCCUUAUUUCUGAAAAAUUCCCGCAGAAUGAGUCAAGUGACUAUAUCAAGUAUUUGCUGCUGGGUGUUGAAAUAUCUGGGAAUGGGGUAGAAACUAGUGCCUUUGUCUGUCAGCACUACUGAAGACCUAAUGUGAAUAUGAAUAAUGCUAUGUCCAGGGCAGUUUAGGAAGUGUCCUGCAGUGGUGGUGGGAAAGAUUCCUAUCAAACCAGUGAUCACAUUUUAUAAAUUAAAGAGAACUAAAAUUCCAUUCAAAAUGCUGCAUGAUAUAGUAGCUACAGUUAUUCAACAUUAUUUCUUUAAUCAUAACAAGAUUAUUUUUGAAAGAUUGCGGUAACAAAAUGUUAUUGUCCUAAACAACCCAAUAUAGACAAACUCUUAUUCCUGAAAAUUAGUCAAGCAUAGCUUUGCAUUGUCUCACUUGUUCACUCAUGAGCUCAUUUUUCAUCAUUCUACCCAAACAUUUGAAAAAGAUCUAACACUACUUUGUACCAGGCACUGUGCUAUGGGGUCAUGAUAAAAUGUGACUAAUUUAGACACUGUCACCAUCCUCAUGAUCUGUUGUGAUCUUGAGAAAACCCCCGCCAUUGUGUGAAGAGAAAGCUCCCUCCCUCUAAGCUGCAGAAUAUAGGCAUUAUAAUAGAUAAUUACUAAUAUUGAAAUUGGAAGGGGCCGGCACCGUAACUCACUUGGUUAAUCCUCUGCCUGCGGCGCUGGCAUCCCAUAUGGGUGCCAGGUUCUAGUCCCACUUGCUCCUCUUCUAGGUCCGCUCUCUGCUGUGGCCCGGGAGGGCAAUGGAGAAUGGCCCAAGUGUUUGGGCCCCUACACCCGCAUGGGAGACCAGGAGGAAGCACCUGGCUCCUAGCUUUCGAUCGGCGCAGUGCUGGCUGUGGUGGCCAUUUGGGGAGUGAACCAACGGAAGGAAGACCUUUCUCUCUUGUCUCUCUUUCUCACUGUCUAUAACUCUACCUGUUAAAUAAAAAAAAUUAAAAAAAAAGAAAGAAACUGGAUGCCUUGGCUUAUUACCAAAUGACUAUCCCAGCUAACACUCCUGUUUAGUUUUGAUAGACAUUACAGAUAUUAUGUAGAGUCAACUUUAUAUUCAAUUUUGAAAAGCAAAAAGAAAUAUGAAUCAUUUAGUCAACAUUAAAAUGAUUACUUUGAAAAUUACAGAAUUUUUUCUAGUCUGAGCCUAUUUUGCAAAAUGAAUCUGACUAUGUAACUAUAUAAAUCACAUCAAAAAUAGAUACAUGAUUGAAUACAACUAUUGAUAUCAAGUAUUUGUUUUAAAUAUUUAAAAAAUCAUGUACUUUUAGUACUCAUGUUAGUCUCCUUCACUCCUUAGUAUUCCCAUAACAGCUAAUACAUGAAAGAGGUGCGCCUAUGGUUUUUAAUCAAACAUCGAUUAAUGUGAAGUUCACCAUGCUGAAGUCUGUUCUCAUUUUCUCUUCACCACCACUCAAGAAGUUAACUUGCACAAUAAAUGUCUUCAAGAAUGGGCUUGCAUUUUGGAAUUCCUUAUAACAAAAACAUUCCCUUUGUUUGUGCUGCAGUUUGAUUGCUUCUUUGCUUUGGUGAUGUGAAAAAAAAUAUACUUUCUAAAAUUUUGUUACUACUCAGAUUUCUUCAUAAUCCAUAAAGAGGAAUCAAAUAUAGUAAUUAAUAGUAUUCUCUGGGAUAUUUUCAUGACUUAGGGAGGAAUAAAGCACAUUCUAUUUUCUGUAGGGAAAAAAAGGAAAAAGGUGAGAAAAAGAUAAAAAAAAGUGCCUUUAUAGUAAUAUCUAUUUUCCUGGUGGGUAAAAUUGAUCUCUUUAAAAAAAAUAUAAGAAUUAGAAUUAACUGUGCUUUAUGGUACAAGAAAUUAAAAAAACCCAUAAUUUUGAAAGUAUAAUAUUCAUACUGUAAAACAAAAUUGAGUAAUUAACAAAUACUUACCUUGCCUGCUUUAUGCGCUUAUCGUGUGUUCAGGACAAUGGAAAAUACCUGUGCUUAACAUAAGGAAAAUGGUGCAUAUAACAAAGCCACAGGAAGUAUGACAGCUUUUGAUAGUUUUAAUCAAAUUUGGUCUCAGCAGGAAUUAAAGAAUAAACAGUGCAUUUGUAGUAAAUUAUGAUAACUUGUUCUGGGCAUAUCAUGAAUAAUAUUAUAGAAGAAAAUCACAUAGUUUUAUAAACCUUUCUAUAGUCAAUUGAUAUACAUUGGACUUAAACGUAGAAAAUCCUUUCACUAAUGUUUGAGAAAUUGUCUUCCAUGUGAAUUUAUGUUCUAUCUUUUAUGAUUUUACCAUGCCUCUCCAGUAAACCACUGUUAGUAUUUUAUUAAGAUAUUAGUAAAACAGGAAAAGAAGAAAAAUCUAAAUACUUUUGUGAUUGCAAUAAAUAUUUUAUAUUGUGCAUAACAAUAUAAAUAAUAGAUAUUCUCCUUCUGGCUGAUAACCACUCUCCUUUUAUUUUUCCUCUUUUAUGUGUUGUAUAUGGACAGAUGAAUAUCUUUGGCAUUUAUGGCUAAAGAGUUCUUUCCCACCUUUGGGAUACAUUAAUGAGGCUUUCAGAUUUUAAGUAGCCUAAAGAAUCAAAUGCCUUAUGGGUAUAGCACUCUCUUACUUAACCUCACAUAAAAAUUAGAGUCUAAUAUCAUUUUUUAAAAUAUGGUGACAUUUCCAGUGUCUUCUGAUCAUCUAAAAAUAAAGCCUUUUUCAAUCUGGAAAAUAAAGACGACUGGAAAACCUGUUAUACAGAUGAAAUUUAAUGAAUGGGAUCAUUUAAGACAGCCUUGAUACCAAAUUAUAAUUCUGAAAAAAGUUAUAAAAUUGUGUAAAUCAAUGGGAAGAACUUCUUUACUUUUUCUAAAGAAAACAGACAAGAAUUUAAAAACCGACAUGAAUGUAUUCAACAACUGACCUAUAUCACAGGUAGAGGGAAAAGUGCAUAGUUAAUGCAUCCAAUAAUACUUUUUAGAUAUUACAUUUUGCAUAUGAAGUCAGGACACACAGCUAUACAUUGAUUUCAGUUUACCAAAAGGUUAACAUAAAAUUAAAUAAUAAAUGCCUCAUUUUUCUUUGUUCUUCACUAAGCCAAAUAGCACUGGUUUACAAGGUACAAGUAUAUGGUAUAUUUUUUAACAUUUUUUUAUUUUAUCGAUAGUUUUUGUUACAUGAACAUAACCAGAGAUUCAGUUUUGAUUUUCUAUUGGAUAAUUUACAAAUGUAAAAUGCAAUUUAACAUUUAAUAUUUUAAAUGAUAUGAUUCCUUUGUGAUUUAAGUAUUUCUAAUUAUAUAUGAGUCAAUUUUUGUAAUAAGUCUAUAGCUAAUAAAUAAAUGAGAAAAAAAACAUGAAAUCUUACCUCUGGUCAUUACUUCAGAGACAUUUAACAAUAAAUGGAGCAUUCAAUUAAGCAAAAGUUUUCUGUACCCAUUUCUACUAUAAAAUUUAUGUCAUGGAAAAUAUGCACCGCAUUUUUCAAAUGCAUGGAAUAGUUAUAUGAUUAAUAAUGAGGCUCUUAUUCAAUAGGUAUAACCUGUUUCAUGCUGUGCUGAAGAUAUAAAGAUCAAACAGGUGUUAAAACUAACUCAUCAGUAAAUGAGAGAAAUGUGAAUUAAAUUUGCUUCAUUAAAGGAAGUGAAUAAUUCAUUCACAAUUGAAGAAUUUCUUGCAUGGAUGGUUGGAUCUUCGUGUUCAGGGACAGCUCUCAGGAAUCUGGUUGGAACUUCAAGGAAGGCUUGAUUGGAAACAGAUUCUUGAGUGAUGUUAAGACAAAACAUCACACAAAAGCUUGAUGGAAACCAGUAUAGGACAAGCUCUGUGAACCUAAAGAACAACCUAUCUCUUAAGAUAUUUUUUUCUUUAUUUUAUUUUAUGUUUUUGUGGAUUUAUCUUACUUAGUUGAAUGGUAGAGUGAUGAAGAGAGGAGAGACAGAGAGUAGUGAUCUUCCAUCUGUUGGUUAAAUCCCCAGUGGCCACAAUGGCCAGGACAGGGCUAGGCUAAAGUCAGGAGUCGGGAACUCCAUCUUGGUCUCCCACAUUGGUGUCAAAGAUCCAAAUAACUCGUACAAUUCUCACUACUUCCCCAGUCAUAUACACAGAGAGUUGGAUGAAAAGUGGAGCUGCUGGGGCAUAACUAUGUGAGACCUGUAUUGAAGUAGGCAGCCUAAUUUGAUGUGCCACAAUGCCUGUUCCAUGAUAUUCUUAACUUUUGUAGCAUUCUCCUUCUCCUGCCCAUUCAUUAUACCCUGAAAAUAAAAAAAAAAGACAGAAGUAAGGUAUUUGAAUAUAAAUAAAUAUAAAUGCUUGAAGAGGUAGAUGUUUUCCCUAAUUGGACAUUACAUGUGUAUAUGUUUUGAAAUAUCACGAUACUCUAUAAAUACAUAAAUGUGUGUCAUUUAAAAAGUAUAAAUACAUUCCUAUAUAAGUAUAUGUAUGUGUGUGUCUAUUCCCCUGAAAGUGAAUAAAACCUUACAUAAAUGUUCCAAACUGUUUUCAGUUAUACCACAGCAAAUUAUGAAAAUAAUUGUUGUUUACACAUGCAAUUUGUGGACAGGAUUUCCCUGAUGUCAUUAUAUAGGUCAUUUAUAUAAAGAGAAGAUUAAUAUCAAAAGAAAAUGAUUUGGGACAGAAAAUCUGGCUAGUAACCCAUCUCUAAAUGGAGAUUGUUUUGUUAUUAAAUAUUAAUAACCCAGAUUUUGUUUCAUUUCAUUAAAACAUUCCCUCCCCCUGGAAAAAUCUGUGACUACACCUCUUUUACUCUAAAUUACUAUGAAAUACAGAAGUAAUCAAUAUAGGUUAUUGGAAACACCUAAUCAGAAUGAGUUAUGUAUUGUGAUAUCUAUAUUAAAGCUGGAAAAACUUGCCUGAAUGUUGUAGGGGGUCACUCUGUGUGGGGAGCAAACCGGACUAGACUGUUACUGGAAUUAAGACUUAUUCUAUGCAUCUGCUCUCCCACAAUAUGGCGCUGGGAGAGAAGUAAACAGCUUCCGCACAGCUGCCUCCAGUUCAACUAAUAAACUGUAGGACUUGCUCCUGAUUGGAGAGCAGCGUACUCGGCGUGUGGGCAGCCGAGUUAGGAUUGGCGGAGGAGGACUAUAAAGGAGGAGAGAGACGGCAUGCACCGGGAACAUCUAUGGGGAACAUCUAAGGGAACCCGUGCAGCCCCCGAGAGAACCGGCCGGCAGUGUGCCGCUCCCCUGCGGAAGUGGGGAAUGCGGCCGGGGGGAACUGCCCUUCCACGGAGGUGGAAGGGAUAGUAGCCAACCCGGGAAGAACCAGCAGCAAACCCGGGGAGGGCCGAGCAGACGAAAGAACAGCGCAGGGUCCUGUGUCGUUCCUCCACGAAGAGGGGGAGCGACAACUCUGUAGUAAGGAGUUGAGGCUCAAUGUGAACCCUGAUGCUGACUUUUAAGUAUUGGAAUCUUUCCAUGAUACUCUGUCCACUAUAACCAAUAGUGAUAUAAGUUGGCCCCACUAAAUACAUUUAGAGUCGCCAGACUGUUUCAGAUGAUUACAAGACUCAGAUAUGGAAUUGUUUGAUUACUUUCAUCAGAGCAUCAUUCUGCAUUCAGGAAACUUAUCAUUGCUGAUUGAUAUCAUUUACAAGAGAACUAAUUCAUUCUCUACCAUUUCAAUAAUCCAAAACACUUUUAUAAACUUGGUAUCAGGAGAGUAGGAUGGAAAAGUAGGAAUAUUUUAUGGUCAAAGUAUUAUAUGCUUUUUUUAUUUAGUAAAUAUAAAUUUCCAAAGUACAGUUUAUGAUUACAAUGGCUUUCCUCCCACAAAAUUUCCCUCCCACUCGCACCCCUCCUAUCUCCCGCUCCCUCCCCCAUUCCAGUCACAUCAAGAUUCAUUUUCAAUUAUCUUUAUAUACAGAAGAUCAAUUUAGUAUAUAUUAAGUAAAGAUUUAAUCAGUUUGCACCCACACAGAAACACAAAGUGUAAAAUACUGUUUCAGUACUAGUUAUAGCAUUACUUCACAUUGGACAACACAUUAAGGACAGAUCUCACAUGAGAAGUAAGUACACAGUGACUCCUGUUGUUGACUUAACAAUUUGACACUCUUGUUUAUGGCAUCAGUAAUCUCCCUAGGCUCUAGUCAUGAGUUGCCAAGGCUAUAGAAGCCUUUUGAGUUCGCCAACUUUGAUCUUAUUCUGACAGGGUCAUAGUCAAAGUGGAAAUUCUCUCCUCCCUUCAGAGAAAGGUACCUCCUUCUUUGAUGGCCCCGUUCUUUCUACUGGGAUCUCACUCACAGAGAUCUUUCAUUUAGGUAUUCUUAUUUUUUUUUCCCAGAGUGUCUUGGCUUUCCGUGCCUAAAAUACUCUCAUGGGCUCUUCAGCCAUAUCCGAAUGCCUUAAGGGCUGAUUCUGAGGCCAGAGUGCUAUUUAGGACAUCUGCCAUUCUAUGAGUCGGCUGUGUAUCCCGCUUCCCAUGAUGGAUUAUGCUUCUUUAAAAAUAGAUACUUCACAAGAGAAAUGAAUCUCUGUCCCAAAUCCUGCUGUUCUUAUUAAAGCAUAAAUUAGAAUCGUAUACAUCACCCUUGGGAUAGUCAUUGUCUUCCCCUCCUUACAGAGGAAAUAGCUUAUAUAUUUAAUCAAGUAAUGACAUUACAUCUCUUAUUGUCCAACCUUUUAGAUAUCACUCUAAGGGCAAGUAAAACAGAGAUUAGUAGUAUUUACAAUGCUGACUCCACAUGAAUUCUGUCCACUUACUUUGGAAGUCAAGGAUUAAAUUAUAUGGGUAUACAACAGAUUUUUUUUCUCGUAUCUUUUCCAGGUAUGUAACCUGAAAAAAUAAGGCAUAGAAAAGAUUAUUUGCAGUAAUUUUUCAUAUCAAAAGUAUCUGGAAUGCUAAAUGGCUGGGUAAUCUGGGAUUAGGCCAAGUUAACUCAUGAGCUUUCUAAAUAUAAUGGUCCCUCAAAACCCUACGAUUGUUGUGAAACUAAUAACAAGAGAAGUUUUUCAAUGAGUAUGUAGUGAGAACUCAGGACUCUUCCUACAAUGAGACAAAGGCCAAAACACAUCCUUUAUUCGUUUCAGUCUCCUGUGAUAUGCCACCAUGUAGAGACCACAGAGUUUGUGGCUAGCAUCUGCUUUGAUCCCCAGCAUCCGCACCCUGCUGGACAUGGCCCCACCCAUCAACAGAACAGUGUGUACAUCCCUUUGGGAGACAAAGCACCAUACUGCCAGAAACUAAUCUUUUUCUUUCUUUGCCUUCAAGGAGCAUGACUAGUCACAUUUAUCCCAUCCUAUCAUCUCCACUCCAAAUUUCUACAAUAAUAUUAUUAUUUAAUAUAGUACUUUCAUUUAAAAAGAUAUAGAGGAUGGAUAAGAUUUCUUAUAAUCCUUUUUUAGCAACAAUGGAAGCUAAAAGGGCUGAAGACUGAGAUGAGCUUUCUUGUGGAUGGAAAUAAGAUCCUUCCAAUGACCUACAAUAUUAUACAUUAAUUAAACCUUUCUCAAUUUCAAUAUAUUCACUUGUAAAAUGGAGAUAAAGCAUUUUCCCUAUCUGAAAGUUUUGUGAGAUAACCUUAUAACUGAAGAGCUAUGCAUAUGUUAAUAAUCUGUCAUUCUCUAUAACCUCAUGUGAAGCAAAAAUCUAUUUAAAUUUCAUUUUACAGCAUACAACUUCACACCUAAUAAAAUAUGAUAUUUUAAAAUCAGUUAUAUAUAUUUCUAUGGAUUUAAUUCAAUAAAUGUCCACUGUUUUCCUAUUAAGUUCAAAGUGUGAUUUUAUGUUCUAGGAACUAUAGCCAAUGUCUUAAAAGAGUUUACAGGUUGAUGAGUGUAAGGAAACUAGUAAAGGAUUCAUUGGAAAGCAUAAUGCCAAAUAUAGUCACUAGAAAGAAUUACAAGAAGCUUAUAGCAUCCAUAUUUAUCUCAUUCUGAUUAUUGUUCAUUAACAUUUGUUUGUAGUCUCUGUUGCAUUGCAUUCAGUUAUUAAAUAGAAAUUACAGAAUUAAGGGAGAUAAAGUGGGAGAAAGAAAAAGAUAGAGAGGAGAGAGAUAGAUACUGCUGUCUGCAAUCUCUUUAUCUAGACUCAUUCACUUAAUUCUAGCACUCUUAUUGCACUUCAUCUUGGAAAGCACAAUAUCUAUCAUCCAGAAAUUUCGUCUUAAGCACUGCUUCCUUUAUACAACUAAGACCAACAAUAAAAACUUAUUUCUGCAUGUAAAAUCAAAAGCAUUUCAAUAUCUAGCCAAGGAAGACUAUUACUUCUUUGAUUUAUUAACUUGGGGAGUGAUCUCAUUCUUCAGGUAAGAUCCUAAGCAAUUUCGAUAAUGUUAUUCCUUUAUAAGCAGUUCUAUUACUAAAGUUAUACUUUGUUGUGAUUUGCGUGUACAUUAUCCAAAUGAACAGAUGUCAAUCAAUAUGCUAAAAGAUUGUAAGCACUGAUUGCAUUGUAAUAUAUUUUCACUAAACUGUUUCCUUUAAAGAAUAACAUACAUUCCACACUGAUGUCAAAUUAUUGAUCUCAAAAUAUCCAGAAUCUUAGUGUUAGCUGUCCAUUUAACAGCAAAAAACUAGAUCUAGAACACUAUUUUGAAAAUUUUUAUAAUUACACCAGAAAAAUGUAUUUAAUAGGGAUAUUUACAAUGUUGAAAGGGAUUUCAA